GAGUCGUUUGGCCAAUCGUAAUUGCAUUUUUUAAAUAAAAUAAAUUAGUGCAAGUAUCAGCUCCCAAAUAUGAGGUCAUUAUUUCUCUUCAGUGGUAGCAUUAGGUUCAUUUGAAGUGUGAUUAACAUGUCAUUGUUCGUACUUGGCUGAGCUCCAUCUCCUGUUGCUUCAAACAUUGAUUUGCUGCCUUGAGCUAGCUAACCCCAUCUUUAAAAUCAUUAUCUCUUUUCUCAUUUCCAUCAAGAUUCAAGAUCUUGACCACCACAGCACAGCCAGAUCAGAGAUUUCACGCUUACACUUCUCUCUCUCUUUCUCUCCCUCUCACUCAAAAAAUGAAGAACAAUAACAAUAACAACACAAAGCUGAUCCUUCUUCAUCCUUACAUCCAGAAACAAGGAGGCUCCAAUCGAUUAUGGCUCCUUGCCUUUGUAUCAUUCUUCACCAUCGCUUUCCUUCUUACACUAAUCUACACGAGAGAGACUUUACCUAUAAAAACCAUCACCACCACCAUGGCCACUGGCUCCGCUUCUAGCUCCACCUUUGGCAAUAAUGCUCCAUUGCCAACAACAGUCAUCAAUACUCUCCUCCACUAUGCCUCGAGAUCCAAUGACAGUUUCCAUAUGUCCCAUGCCGAAAUCAAGCCAAUAUCUGAUGUGCUUAGAAAGUGUUCGUCUCCUUGUAAUUUUCUUGUUUUUGGUCUAACACACGAGACACCUCUUUGGAAAGCUCUUAACCACAAUGGCCGCACCGUUUUCAUCGAAGAAAACCGCUACUACGCAGCUUAUUAUGAAGAGUUGCAUCCUGAAAUUGAUGUCUUUGAUGUCCAAUACACAACCAAGAUGAAAGAAAUGAGAGAGCUUAUUGCCUCCACCAAGGAGCAAAUAAAAAAUGAAUGCAGGCCAGUGCAGAAUUUACUCUUCUCAGAGUGUAAGCUUGGGAUUAAUGACUUGCCUAAUCAUGUUUACGAGGUUGACUGGGAUGUGAUAUUGAUCGACGGGCCAAGAGGGGAUGGACCAGAGGGGCCGGGGAGGAUGACACCAAUCUUCACAUCGGGUGUUCUAGCUAGGAGCAAGAAGGCUAGCAAUGCUAAGACUCACAUAUUCGUGCAUGAUUACUACAGAAAUGUGGAGAGAAUUUACGGUGAUGAGUUCUUGUGCAGAGAGAACCUGGUGGAGUCUAAUGACAUGCUUGCUCAUUUUGUGGUAGAGAAAAUGGAUGAGAAUAGCUUCCAGUUCUGUCGCAACCAUACAUCAGCUUCUUCACCCUAAUUGUUUCUAGUAUCCUCUUGAUCAUGAUAAGGGUCUUCCCAAUGGGUCAGUGGUGGUAUAAACAAGGUAUAAAAUGUGGUUUAUUUAUGAUCAUUUGAAAUUCUUAGACCCUCCUUUUGUUUUUCCCUUUUCUCUUUUCUUUGGCUGGGGAGUGUAAAAAAUAAUUCUUUUUGGCUAUGUAAGUUGUAAUUUCACGGAAUUGAAAGUCUCAGUUGUCAAUUUUGUGUUGUUUCUCUUUGUUCGAUGCCAUGGCAGCA